AUGACACGCAACGGUCAUCGCUUAUAAUAAACUAAUAAUACGCAGUCGUUUUAUGCGGUGACGGACCAAGCUGAGCUAAACGAAAUCUCAACAAGGCCACGACACACAUUUCUCUGAUCCGAUCACGAAAACCCUAGAUUUCAUCACCCCCAAUUUUCUUCCGAUUCACACUAGUGAGAUACAGGUUCACUGAUCGAAUUGUUAAUUGAGCUUGGAGAGAAGAGGGCGAUCGGAAUUGGAUUAUCACUCUUGAAUUUUAGUGAGAGAAAGAGUGAAUUUUGGGGAGAAAGGUCAUAAAAUGCAGGGACAGAGUUCUCCGAAGCAUAGACACGAUGGGACUUCGCCGCUGCCACUUGGGAUGGAUUGGAGUCCUGCCCCAAGAAAAUGGAAUGGCCGAGACACAGUUUGGCCACAUGAUUCUCACACUGGCUGGAGUUACUGUGUUACUAUACCUUCUUGGGUUGUCCUUCCAAAAUCAAGAGAUUCAGAUCCUGUAGUGUUCUACAGGGUUCAUGUUGGUGUGCAAUCACCAGAAGGGAGUACUUCGACUCGUGGAGUUCUGCGAAGAUUCAAUGAUUUCUUGAAGUUAUUCAGUGAUCUUACAAAAGUGUUUCCAAAGAAAAAUCUCCCAACAACCCCACCCAAGGGAUUACUACGAAUGAGAAGUAGGGCUCAGUUGGAAGAGAGAAGAUGCUCCUUAGAGGAAUGGAUGACAAAGCUUUUGUCUGAUCUUGAUAUAUCAAGAAGCGUUAUUGUGGCAUCCUUUCUUGAACUUGAAGCUGCUGCUAGGUCAUCAUUCCAAGAUGUACAUCCACAGACUUCAGAAGGUAAUUCUGAUAUGCCUACCCAGUCAAGCUUACCUGCCAUUGUAGGUAGUUCAUCAAUCACAUCAGAUUAUGGAAGUGAUACUGCUUAUGAGGUAUCUGAGCUGGGAACUCCUAGGCUAGGAAGGGAUGACAAUUAUGACAUGGGUAUGGAGGAUCUGACAUUGGAUGAGGAUUUGACAAGUCCAAUAGAAAAUCUUGUAAAGUAUGGCAUGUCUAAUAUUGAUGAGGGUUUAUUUAUGGGACAGACUAUUUUAGAGCAGUUAGAAGGCCUUCCUCGGAGUAAAGUGCAAGCCAGACAUUCCAACAAUGCUGUAGGGAAGAAUGUAUAUAAUGGAAAUGCUUCUAAAACUUCAUUUUUAUCUAGUAACGGAAUGGAUCUUUUCUGUGAGCAAGAGAUUAAUAAAGUAAUUGCUCAUGCUCGCAAGCUAUCAAAUGACAGUGUGGGAAGUGAUGCAAGUUCUCUUAGAGGUAGUGAAAUGUCUAUAUCUGGGAUUCCAAAUUCAUCUGGUGAAGGUUGUCUUGACCGUCUUGGAGGUGUUGAGGUUUCAAGCAGCAUGGAGACUCUUGGCAACUUAGAGUUGCAUACUUCAGGUGGUGCUCAGCUAGUUCUUCCAUCAGAUCAGCGCCAUAAAUUGAAUAGGAUCCUCCUGACAAUGCAGCGAAGGCUUGUCACAGCAAAAACUGAUAUGGAGGAUCUUAUUGCAAGACUGUAUCAAGAAAUAGCCGGCAAAGAUUACCUUGCAACAAAGGUUAAGGAUUUGGAAGUGGAACUUGAAACUGCUCGACAAAAGGGUAAAGAAAACCUGCAGCAAGCUAUAUUGAUUGAAAGAGAAAGGUUCACCAAAAUGCAGUGGGAUAUGGAGGAACUUCGGCAGAAGUCCUUAGAAAUGGAGUUAAAAUUGAGUUCGAAGUCUGAAAAGGAUGACAAGCCAUGUGUGGACUCAGCAAGAAGUUCAAUCGAUCUGGAGAAAGACAUUUUACUGCAGGAAUUGGAUUCUUCUAAGGAGCAGCUUGAGAUUUUUUCGAAGCAAUAUGAAGACUUGGAAGCAAAAUCGAAAGCUGACCGCAAACUCCUUGUUAAAGAAGUCAAAUCUCUUCGAAAUUCACAAUCACAAUUGGAGGAUGAGCUCAGCAACUCACUCAAGGAGAAGGUAGAAGCUGAGAAACUUCUUAAACAGGAAAGACAAAGGAGGGAACAGGGUGAAAAUGCUAGGAGAAAGCUACUACAUAAGUGCAGGAUUCUUCACAAUAAACUUAAGGAGUGCAAUCUGAAUUUAGCUGAUGCUUUUGAUGAAGUUAGUCCGCGUCCAUCAGUAAGGUGGGCUUCAGGUUUCUUGACAUCAGAUGACCAAAUUAACUCUCUACUUACAGAGGCUGAAUCUUUAAGGGAAAAAAAUGGAGAUUUUGCUUCUGAGAUUGACGAUGGUCUCGAAAUGUUCAAUGAUCCAAUGACAACAGACGACGAGUUGCAGAAGACAUUAGCGAACAUCUUCAUCGAUAACGUUAAGUUAAGAAAACAGCUGAACUCUGUUUUAAGCCGCACUCCCAAAGUGGACAUUUGCAAUAACAAUGAGGAAGAUUCCCAGGAGAAUUGUCUUAUGAAUGAAUGAAACAGAGAUGAACAUGAUUUUGGAGUAUGAUCCGGUACAUGGGUAUACAUAAUCGUUCUUCAAUUUCUGCUUUAGAAGGGGAGAAAGUUUAAAAAAAAAGGUAACAGAAAAUAAAGAAACUAUUUUGUUUCAUGUAGUAGUUUAUGAAGAACAAGAGUUUACAAUCACCUGCAUAUACGAAAUCUUCAGGAAAUCGGCUCUUUCACAAGUUACAACCAUCUUUGUAUACUGUUUUAUUAACAUGGAAUGAAUAUUGAUGAAGAAGGGAGACAAAUAGAGGGAAAAAUGUUGUAAAAUUGAACUGCAUCCAUUCAUGUUGACGAUGACUGUCAUUGUUUGAUGUAUGGUUUGGAAAUAUUGGUUAUGCACAAGACCACAACUUUUAACUCUU